AUGCCAGGAAUCAAAAUACGUGAUGAAGAUCGAGAAAAAUUCACUCAAGUGAACUACAAAGAAACCUUUUCUGUUCGACAGUCAGGCGAGCAAAAUAUACUCGUAAAGCAGCGGCCAAUUCCAAAUUUACAAGCGACUACAGGCAAUAGAAGCUUUCAGGAAAGUUGGUACUCAAAGAAAGAUUGGCUUUGUGGUAGCUCAGAAAAGAAUGCAUUGUUCUGUUGGCCUUGUCUUUUGUUUUGCCCUGGAUCGUCAUCUUCAUGGACGCAGACGGGAUUCAAAAACAUGAAGAAUUUCCUAUCCGAUUGUAACUAUGAGAAGGCAAAAUCGCACAUGGGUGCCUACAAGACCUGGAAGACCUACGGUUUUCAGCCUCGUAUCGACUGUCUCAUGUCACAAACUAGACGUGAAGAGAUUCAGCGUCAUAACGAGGAGUAUACAGGUUGAUGAGGCAACUGAUGUUUCUACCAAAGAACAAUUGAGUGUAAUUGUUCGAAUGGACA